AGACAUAGCCUACUGUACUUUUACAUUGCAGCUAAAUCUAUUUAUAGGACUUGCGGUGUUUUGAUGUUAAUUUAAUAAAAAAAAAAAGAAACCGUGACCUUGCAUUCGAUUAAACUUCAUUUAUCAUACCUGUUAUUCGCAACAUGGCGGAUAAACCAGGAGAUGUCGGUUUGUUUAGAAACCGUGCUGCACGGACUCCGAAUAUUGCCGAACUGACUGACCUUGCCAAUGAGUUUGGUCUACAUUGUGAAGAUGGCGAACUAGAGUAUUAUAAAGAGCACAUAGAUGAAACGCUAGCAGCAAGUUAUCAAAUAGUGAAUGACCUUGUUGCACCUACACUUCCGGUUAAAUAUCCAAGAGCGCCUGGAUUCAGACCGGAACCGGAAGAUAAUGUCUGCAAUGCGUGGUAUUGGAGAUGUGACAUAGAAGGUGCCAAAGACGGGAUUCUCAAAGGAAAAACGUUGGCCAUCAAAGAUAACGUAUGUGUAGCUGGCGUGCCUAUGAUGAAUGGAUCAAAGAUAAUGGAAGGAUAUGUACCUGACAUCGACGCUACUGUUGUCACUAGAAUACUUGAUGCAGGGGGACGGAUUCUGGGCAAGACAAAUUGUGAACACCUUUGCUUCAGCGGUAGUAGCUACACCAAUGACACUGGGGCAACAUUGAACCCUUUUGACAAGGCAAGAUCCGCUGGGGGUUCAAGUGCUGGUUCCGCUGUUGCAGUUGCUAAUGGCGAAGUUGACAUGGCAAUAGGCGGGGAUCAAGGAGGUUCGAUACGAAUUCCGGCGUCAUGGUGUGGUAUCGUUGGGCUUAAACCGACCUGGGGUCUCGUUCCGUACACAGGAGCCGUUCCUAUAGAGACAACAUGUGACCACCUUGGACCUAUGACGAGAACUGUUCGUGAUUGCGCUGUCUUGUUAGAGGCAAUUGCUGGAUUUGAUGACGGUCAAGAUCCACGCCAACCACGUGGCUUGAAAGUCCCCAAAUAUACAUCACUGCUUGAUGUGAAACUUGACGGUUGGAAGAUCGGAUUAUUGACAGAGGGGUUUACAGAUUGCGACGCCGAUGUACAGUCAGUGGUUCGAGCAGCGGCUGAGCAACUGAAUAAAGCUGGAGCGACAGUAGAGGAAACAUCUAUCCCUUUACAUAAACAUGGUAUUGCUAUUUGGUCCCCUAUCUGUACGGAGGGUGCGUACCAGUGUAUGGUUCGAGGGGCAGGUUUGGGUUACCAUAACAAAGGAUAUUAUAGUGAAUCAAUGAUGAAGAAAUUGUCACAGGGAUAUAAAUCGGAGCCGAAACAACUGUCUGAAAUAAUGAAGUUAGUUAUUUUGUUUGGAAAAUAUAUGGAAAAGGCCUAUGGCAACCAGUUCUAUGGUCGUGCACAUAAUUUGAACAUGAAGUUGACGAAAGCUUAUGACGAGGCGUUAAAGAAGUAUGACGUCAUCAUAAUGCCGACACUGCCAUAUAAAGCACCCCUGUUGCCGACAAAAGAUUCUACUAUCAAAGAACGCUUUAAGAAUGCCCUAGGUAUGAUAAAAAACACAGCGCCUUUCGACAGCACAGGACACCCCGCACUGACAAUUAACGCGGGAAAAUCUGAAGGUCUGCCAAUCGGGAUGAUGAUUAUAGGAAAUCAGUUUGAGGAUGCCAAGGUCAUUCAAGUUGCAUACGCAUUUGAACAACUACAAGGAAAAUAACGCGGGAAUAUUAAGAAGAGCGUCCUGUGUGCGGAGAACUUUAUUUUCUUUGUGGAAAAAAAAACAGAUUUAAUAUGAUACAUGUAUCUAGAUACUUUAUUUAGGCUGUUCCAAAUUUAAAAGAAAAAAGGAGAAUAGAGUCUCUCUUUCUCUGUAUAUAUCUAUGCUUUAUAUAUUUUAAUAUAUACGAGAACUUAGCUGCUUAUUCGUUUAAGAUAAAUAUGAAGAUAUUGUGAAAGCUUUGAAACACUCAUUAGCUGUAUUUGCAUAAAUGUUUUACCGUAUUUUUCAAUGUACAUGUCUUAAUAUUCGAGAUAUGCUUACAUGUAAAGCUUUUUGAAAGACUGUAAUUGCAUGCAAAAUGUAUAUUAUAUAUUAAAAAUAUUGACAGAUACAAUUGUGAUGGAGCGACAGUUGACAUUAUAUAGAAUACAUGUAUAUACAUGUAUCUGCGUAAAAUAUAAAAUAGACUGCCCCACUGUUUUUAUGAAUUGAACGUUACUAGUACAUUUCGAUGGAUAUUAACAGAAAUUACCUUGGCCACAUGGGUACAUUAUCGUUCAUGUGAAAUAAAUGAUAAAAUUGAAAGGAAUUAUAUAUGUAAUAGAAAGAGCAUCGAAACACGAGGCUAUCUGUAUUGUACGAGUGGGUGUAGCCCCCGAGAAUUAAUCAGGUUGCCGAGUGUUUUUGAUGUUUUUUCUCUUUUGUAUCAUAGUCAAACAUAAAAACACGUCUCUGUUGUCACAAUAUGAAACCACGGGUAAAAGUAACCAAUGAACGAGCAUCUGAAUAUGAUAUUUCUGUCGCUUUCCCUUUCUCUUCCGUCACAAUAAGUUAACCCCAGCAAAAAUGAGCCAAUCAAUGGGCAUGCUCUGGAGUGCGGGUAACUUAUACCUGCACUCCAGUUAACGCACUGUGCAUGUAUAUGUAUACGAUUUAACUCUGACACAUUUUCAACAGAAAGGUCCCCAAAUUCUGAUAUAAGGUGAAAUGUAAACUUAUUUUAUCUGUUCACUUGGAUGUCAUUAUGUAACUUUAAAUGUAGAGAGGAACUCUCAUGAACUGCUUGCAGAUGUGUUUUACAUAAUCAUGUAUUUUGAAUGUAGAAUAAUAUUACAGAAGAUUUUGACAUGACUUUAUUGAUAUUUUAAUAUGAUAGAAAAAUAUAUGCUUACUAAAUGAA